GUGGGUCUGCUAUUCCAGCGCACGAAGUUCUACAAAUGCCGCAAUCAAAGGACGAUUCGUACAAGACUCUGUCUCAAACUAUGUCAUCGAUGACGAAUGCUGUAACGGCGAAGGAAACCAUGACCACUAGCAACGAGGAGUAUGUAACCGCUCCAGAACGGCCUCUGCUGGCUCGGGACCGAAGCAUUCCGCGUCCUCCAAGAGAGAAUGUGAUGUCUUCAACUAGCAGCACUAUGGAGAGGGUUUUGUUCGACCGAACCAAUUCUGCCAGCAGCGCCGCAGUGGCGCCACCAGAUUGGACCGUAUUCUGUCACUUAUUUGUGCUCUACCUGGCUAUUAUAUCUACUGGUCUUUCGCUGCACGCUUGGUACUCGGCAAUAAGAUGGCACCAUGCUACCACCUCCUGCACCAGCCAAGACUGUGAUGACCUCAGGGGGUACCUGGACACAGUUGGUAACCUGAGUGCCGAACCAUGCGAUGACUUUUAUGAGUACGUCUGCGGACGAGCCACCACCUCGUUCAGGUACCAACAAGAACGAUCCGUCUACCAGUCCAUGAACCACACGCUUCUGGAAACUCCUCGACACGUGUUCCCUGAACGAUCUCGGAAACUGGUAGAUUACUACCAUGCCUGUUACGGUACCCUGAUGAACCCGCAAACCCUCCCCGAAGACUUCACAGACUUCAUAGUUUACCUGAAUCUCUCUAUGAACAUUUUGCGAAGCGAGAAUACCACCGCCCUCUUACGCCCGCUGCUGGUACUCGCUGUCACUCGAAGGGCUGUGCCAGCCAUACGCGUAUUUCUCGACGACCACGCUCCAGUCGUAAUCGACCACGGUGUACCGCUAGCCACCAUCCUCAAAUCAGCCCUGGAGAGCGGUUCCAUUACCAAGAUUGCGAGUGCAGCCAUGGGCACGCCAGUGCUAAAUCGUGACCUUGUGGACGCUCUAGCACUGGACACGUACGAGGACUCUGAGAUUACCGGACCGAUCUACAAAAACAUGGUGCAGAUGAACGCCUCUGAGUUCUUCAAGGGACACUCCGAAUUCCUGUGCAUUUUCCAUGAAGUGAUUGUUGAGUACCUUGAGGAACGGAAUAUGUCUUCACCUGACCCGGUACUUCAAAUACACGACCCAAAAAUCGUCAUCCGCAACGUGGCUCGCCUUUGGAACGCCCGGCCGCACGCUCUUGCUCUGUACACUGUAAUGUGUGCGACGUCAGAACUUAUCCUGACGGAAACGCUCAAGAGGGACGUGUACCAGAGAAAUCCGGUGUGGACCUGCCUGGAGGACAUACGCCGUCCUAUGCUCCUCAAUGACUGGAAUGGUCUAGUUUGGACGUCUGUCCAGCCUUGGGCCAAGGAGCAGUCACUACGCGCCUUAUUCGCCUCCAUGCGAGAGCAACUCAGAAAAGCGAUCCAAAGCGACAUUUCACCGAGAAUAGAUCAAGACACCAAGAUUUUGAUUGACGAAGCCACGAAGAGAAUUUCGCUGUCCUUCGUUCAAGUCCACAAUGAUACGCAGGGCGGGAACUUGCCCAGCUUCCAUCGUCUCCGUUAUUACCGGAACAGAGACACGUUGCGAACUUUUCUGAGUAGAGAGAAAGAGCAUACGUCGGGCGACAACAUCGGUGACCUGGCAACCCUGUCGAUUCACUUCAACCCUGCCAUGUACCAGACGCAGGUGACGCCAGGAGUAUUGGUUCCUCCCUUGUUCUCGACCAACUACAGUCCUUUCAUUCAAGCGGCCGGGCUUGGAUUUCUGAUAGCUGCGACGAUUGUAUCCAGCGUGGCGAAUCCUGUGACGUGGCCAGUGAAGGUUCCGGAUCUCUUCGUCAACAUCUCAAACUGUCUGCUAGAUCAAGCCGGGAUGGUGGGGGACAACGUGCGAUACGUGCUGUUCAACGUGGCCCAGGGAUUGCGACUGGCCGCACUGACACAAGACAGGCGGCCUCCGAAAGACAAGUUGAUGACAGAGCAUGCAGCAAUACAGGAAGAAUUGCGCUGGCGCGAGGACAGAAGGUUGUUCUACCGCAUGUCCUGUAGCGUUUUCUGCAUGGAUGUCGUGUACCAUAUUCCACCGCACGAACUUUGCCACGCAGCCAUUGGGAACUCCCUCGAUUUCUACUGGUUGUUCGGCUGUAACCCAAGUAGCAGGAUGGCGCGCCGAGGAGUUUGCGCCCUCGGCUGAGGUUGCGGCUGAUGAGGUGCGAGUGUGUGAUUAUCGAUUACGUCUCGGUGCUUGUGGAAAUACUGCGAGUACAGAUACUGCAUAAAUAACCCUCAUCUAGCAUUCGCCUAUUUUGAAGAAAACAAACAGGUCAUAUUUGGAGGGAUAAAUAUUAAAAUAGUGGA